AGCGGGAGAGCGGCAGCGGGACCCCAGCGCGGGAGGCGGCGGCCGGGCGGGAGCCCCAGAGGCAUGGGCAUAGGAGCCUGCAACGGGGUGGGCCUGGACCUGUCCUUGAGGUCAGAAUGACUUGGGUCCCGUGACUAAGCUGGUGUGACCCCAGCACCUUUCUCAGGAUGUGGAGGCUGGGGUGGGAACUGAGCACAGCAUUGCGGCCACUUCCUGUGCCGAAGGAAGUCCUCUUGCCAUUGCUGCUGCCUUGCCGCUGCCCCCAGGAGUCCCUGUGUCCUUGAGGCAGGAACUGCUGCCGCAACCUCGGCCUGCCAGCUGGGCACUAAACACCUGUGCCCGCCAAUGCGGCCCGGGCCCCGGAGAGUCAGGCCCGCAGAGCACGCCCAUGUGGGCCGGUGGUGUGGGGAGCCCUCGGCGGGGCAUGGCCCCUGCACCCACGGAUGACCUCUUCGCCCGCAAGCUGCGCCAGCCAGCACGGCCCCCGCUGACACCACACACCUUUGAGCAGAGGCCAGCCCGGAGCCCACUCCUGCGCAGCGGCAGCGAUGCAGGCGAGGCCAGACCCCCCACGCCAGCCAGCCCCCGUGCCCGUGCCCACAGCCAUGAGGAGGCUGGACGCCCUGCCGCAGCUUCCAGCCGGCUCUUCACUGACCCACUGGCCCUGCUGGGGCUGCCAGCAGAGGAACCAGAGCCUGCCUUCCCGCCAGUGCUGGAGCCCCGAUGGUUUGCCCACUAUGACGUGCAGAGCCUGCUCUUUGAUUGGGCUCCAAGGCCACGGGGGACGGGGGGCCACACUGAGGCCAGCUCUGGGACCCUGGCUUCAGCUGAGGACCAGGCUACCAGCUCGGACCUGCUGCUUGGGGCGCCUGGCUUUGUGUGUGAGCUUGGGGGUGAGGGUGAGCUAGGUCUGGGUGGACAAGUGUCCCCACCUGUGCCGCCCACGCUGCCCAAUGCGGCCGUGUCCAUCCUGGAGGAGCCACAGAACCGAACCUCAGCCUACAGCCUGGAGCAUGCAGACCUGGGUGCUGGCUACUACCGCAAGUACUUCUACGGCAAAGAACACCAGAAUUUCUUCGGGCUGGACGAGGUGCUGGGCCCGGUAGCAGUGAGCCUGCGGCGGGAGGAGAAGGAGGGCAGCGGAGGGGGCACCCUGCACAGCUACCGAGUCAUCGUGCGGACCACGCAGCUCCGGACCCUUCGAGGCACCAUCUCAGAGGAUGUGCUGCCGCCGGGGCCCCCAAGAGGCCUGUCCCCAAGGAAGCUUCUGGAGCAUGUGGCACCGCGGCUGAGCCCGACUUGUCUGCGCCUGGGUUCAGCUUCACCCAAGGUGCCUCGCACACUGCUCACACUGGACGAGCAAGUGCUGAGCUUCCAGCGCAAGGUGGGCAUCCUGUACUGCCGGGCGGGCCAGGGCUCAGAGGAGGAGAUGUACAACAACCAGGAGGCAGGACCGGCCUUCAUGCAGUUCCUCACCUUGCUGGGCGACGUGGUGCGGCUCAAAGGCUUUGACAGUUACCGGGCCCAGCUGGACACCAAAACGGAUUCCACAGGCACACACUCCCUCUACACCACGUACCAGGACCACGAGAUCAUGUUCCACGUGUCCACGAUGCUGCCUUAUACCCCUAACAACCAGCAGCAGCUCCUGCGGAAACGCCACAUCGGCAACGACAUUGUGACCAUCGUGUUCCAGGAGCCUGGCAGCAAACCCUUCUGCCCCACCACCAUCCGCUCGCAUUUCCAGCACGUGUUUCUAGUGGUGCGCGCGCACGCGCCCUGCACCCCAUAUACCUCUUACAGGGUGGCCGUGAGCCGCACCCAGGACACCCCGGCCUUUGGGCCAGCUCUGCCCCCUGGCGGAGGCCCCUUCGCGGCCAACGCUGACUUCCGAGCUUUCCUGCUGGCCAAGGCGCUCAAUGGCGAGCAGGCGGCGGGCCACGCACGUCAGUUCCACGCCAUGGCCACGCGCACGCGCCAGCAGUACCUGCAGGACCUGGCCACCAACGAGGUGACCACUACGUCGCUGGACUCCGCUUCGCGCUUCGGCCUGCCCUCCCUGGGCGGGAGGCGCCGGGCGCCCCCUCGGGGCCCAGGCGCCGAGCUGCAGGCGGCGGGCGCGCUGGUGUGGGGCGUGCGCGCGGCGCCCGGGGCUCGGGUCGCAGCCGGGGCCGAGGCGGGCGACCCCGACGGCGCCGAGGUGCCUUGCCUACUGGGCAUCUCGGCUGAGGCUCUUGUGCUGGUGGCGCCGCGCGACGGCCGCGUGGUCUUCAACUGUGCCUGUCGCGACGUGCUGGCCUGGACCUUCUCCGAGCAGCUGCUCGACCUGUACCACGGCCGCGGAGAGGCGAUCACGCUGCGGUUCGACGGGCCUCCCAGCCAAGCGGUGGGCGAGGUGGUGGCGCGCCUGCAGCUGGUGAGCCGCGGCUGUGAGACCCGCGAGCUCGCGCUGCCCCGCGACGGCCAAGGUCGCCUGGGCUUCGAGGUGGACACCGAGGGCUUCGUCACGCACGUGGAGCGCUUCACGUUCGCCGAGACGACGGGGCUGCGGCCCGGGGCGCGCCUGCUGCGCGUGUGCGGCCAGACGCUGCCCAGCCUGGGCCCCGAGGCCGCCGCCCAGCUGCUGCGCUCGGCGCCCAAGGUCUGCGUCACCGUCCUGCCCCCGGACGAGAGCGGCCGGCCCCGCAGGAGCUUUUCGGAGCUGUACAGGCUGUCUCUGCAGGAGCCCAGCCGGCGAGGGGCCCCAGAACCAGUGGAGGAGGAAGCCCCCAGAGUGGUCCUGCUGCCUGUCACAAAGCAGCUGCUGCACCUGUGCCUGCAAGAUGAUAGUGGCCCGCCAGGGCCCCGGGAUCUGGCUGAGGAGCGGACUGAGUUCCUGCACAGCCAGAACUCGCCCUCACCCCGCAGCUCCCUGUCGGAUGAGGCCCCAGUCCUGCCCAACACCACCCCAGACCUCCUCCUGGCCACCACAGCCAAGUCAUCAAUACCCAGCGCUGACAGGGAGACACCCCCCACCCAGGAUGGGCCCAGCAGCCUCAGUGGUUCUGAGGACAAGGGCGACCCAGCCCCAGAACUGAGGGCCUCCUUUCUGCCACGAACCUUGUCUCUGCGGAACUCCAUCAGCAAGAUCAUGUCAGAGGCAGCCAGUGAGACCCUGGAGGACGAGUGGCAGUCCAUCUCAGAGAUCGCCUCCACUUGCAACACCAUCCUGGAGUCACUGUCCCGGGAGGGACAGCCCAUCCCAGAGAGCGGAGACGCCAAAGGAACUCCAAAGUCUGAUGCCGAGCCAGAGCCUGGGAGCCUGUCGGAGAAGGUCUCUCACUUGGAGUCCAUGCUCAGGAAGCUGCAGGAGGACCUGCAGAAGGAGAAGGCAGACAGAGCAGCCCUGGAGGAGGAGGUACGGAGCCUGAGGCACAACAACCGGCGGCUUCAGGCCGAAUCGGAGAACGCAGCCACACGCCUGCUCCUGGCCUCCAAGCAGCUGGGCUCACCGACCACCGACCUGGCCUGAGCCAUCCCGUCCAGCCUCAGUCUGGCUGUGGGCCUGCUUGGAACCUCCUGGGCCCUCAGCCCUCCUCAGGAACUCUCUCCCUGCGCAGAGGCGCAUCUUAGCACUGCCCCCCACUCCCUAGCCCGUUAUUUGGUGGUGGAAGCUGCCCCCACCCUGUCCCUGUUUGUAAAUAUUCUUUGGAGAAAAAGGGAUUUCAGGGAGUAAAGAAGCCACUGCUAUUUGUAUCUGUA